AUGGAAAAGAAUAAAGGGUAUGUUUGGUUGACAAGUUUAGCUCUAAGAAUGAGUAUUAAACAAGCCAGCAAUGCCGCCGCUUCCUCUGAGCGAACGAUCUCCGUUCCUGGCGUGUCCCCUCCCACGACCACUCUCUCGCUUUCCGCUGCACAUCAUUUUGUCUCGGUAAAGCUCACCUCCCGCAACUACUUGUUCUUGAGAACUCAGUUGGUGUCCUUUUUGAGUGGUCAGGGCUUGCUUGGCUUUGUAGACGGCACGUAUCCAUGCCCCGUGGCUGUCCUUGCCGUCGCCUCCUCUCCCGAUGCCGCGGUUGUUGAUUCCGUUGUGCCUGAUCCGUCUCUUGCUUGUGCGGCCUGGCUGCAGCAAGACCAAGCCGUUCUUUCAAUGCUAAUCUCGUCUCUCUCGGAAGAGGUUAUGCAUCAUGCAGUUGGUCGGUCGAAUUCUCGUCAGGGCUCCGAGUCUAUUGCGGACUACCUUGGCCGCGCGCAGGUCAUAGUCGAGGACUUGGCCUUGGCGGGUCGUUCCGUUCCGUUGGACGACCAGAAUUUAUAUGUUUUCCGAGGGUUGCGUCCGGAGUAUCGGCCUCUUGCGGCGACCCUUGCGACGGGUGACCCGGUUUCUCUUACCGAAAUUGCGGAUUUUUUGGUCGCUCAUGAGUUCAUUUAUGCCGAUGCUUCUGCUGCCGGCGGACUUCCUGGUCCAGCUGCAAUGGCCGUUCACCGUGGUGGCCACAAUGGUGGUCGGAACGGCCAGAAUGGUGGCCGUGGCCGUGGGUAG